AUGGAUAUCGAGAAUAGAUCAAACAUCUCUAAUUAUAAUGUUAUUUGGUUGGAUAAAUCGAUUCAUUCGAAACAGAAUGCGAACCUACAAGAUAGACUUCGAUCGAUAGUAACUCAUUUACAAGUGUUUGAAGAUGUCGCUCAAUGCGAACAGUACAUACAAUCGACUUUUCCCACAAAUCAAUUCAUUUUCAUUGUCAGCGGAAAAUUAGGACAAGAGAUCAUACCACGAAUUCAUGAAUAUUCAACCAUAUAUAUGAUUUAUGUCUACUGUGUCAAUAAAGAUUUCUAUCAAGUCUGGUCACUGGAAUAUCCUAAAAUCAAAGGUAUAUACAAUCAUUUCGAAGGAUUGCUCGAGCUUAUAAGCAGUUAUCAAAGAAGACGGGUAGAAUCGGAUACGAAUGAAUCAUUUUCGAUGAGUAUUUUAAAUGGAACGAUGGAUAACGAACAAUCGACCAGUCAUAUGGAUGGUCGUUUCGUUCAUUCACAGUUACUAACCGAUUGCUUACUUCGCAUGCAGACAAUAGUCUCAGACACUGAUAAAGAGGAUUUAAUCAAUUUAUGUUUAGAAAAGUAUCCCGAUGCAUCACUCGACAUAUCGAAAUACAGUGAGGACUUCACAGAAAGCUAUAGCGCUGAUUCUGCUAUAUAUUGGUAUACAAAAGAAGCAUUUGUUUAUCGUCUGUUAAAUAAAAGUCUUCGAACACAAGAUAUUGAUUUGUUAUUUGCCUUUCGAUUUUUAAUUCGUGAUAUUCAACAGCACCUUCAAGAGUAUCAAUGCUUAUCGCCGGUGACGCUCUAUCGUAGCCAAUUAAUAUUGGACGAAGAAUUGGAAAUUUUGAAGCAAUCGGUUGGCAAAUUAAUUUCCAUGAAUUCUUUUCUUUCUACAACAACCGAACAUGAUAUUGCGUGGCUUUCGUUUACAUCACCAAAUCCACAAAAUGCCAGCUCAAGAAACAAGUCCGUCAUUUUCCAAAUCUAUGCAGAUCCUAGUCGAACUGGUAUGAAACCGUUUGCGAACGUUUCGGAAUUCAGUGCAUUUCCAGACGAAAACGAAGUUCUUAUGAUGUUAGGAUCCGUUUUUCGACUCGAUCGAAUUCAUCUCGGUCAAUAUCACACCUGGGUUAUCGAAAUGACCUUGUGCAGUGAUGAUGACCAUGACUUAAAAGCUGUUGUUGAUUCCAUGAGAAGUCAAUAUGGAUCCGGACAAACUCGACUUCUGCUGUUCGGUCAUGUUCUCGUUGAUAUGGCUCGUUUUCACGAAGCGGAAAAGUACUACUAUCGAUUAUUGAAACAAUUAUCAGACGAUGAUCCCGAUGUUUCUCUUUGUUAUCAUUCGUUAGCCAAAGUCGCUUGUGAGAAAGGUGCGUAUGAACUCAGUCUGAAGAAAUUGCAACGAGCAUUAGAUAUCGCACAACGAACACUGCGCAAGAAUCAUCCACGUCUUGGCUUCAUUUAUACAAGUAUGGGCGAAGUUUAUGAGAAAAUAGGCAAAACGAAUGAAGCGUUGGAUUCCUACAAGAAAGCAUUGAAAGUCUGGUCGAAAUAUCAAGAUCUCGAUCCUCAGUAUAUAGCAUGGUGUUUGAAUAAUAUCGGAAAUGUUUAUAAUACACAUAAAGAAUACAGUAAAGCAUUGGAAUAUCUAACGAAAGCUAUGAAAAUGAAAAACUCUUGCUUGCCACCGUCGCAUCCAUGCAUGGGGAAUGCCUACCUUAACUUAGGCAAUUCACAUUAUUAUUCCGGUCAAUAUCAACAAGCAGUACAAUGUUACCAGACAGCAAAAAAUAUCUAUACCACAUCUCUCCCGCCUGAUCAUCCAUCUAUAGCAACGACUUUGAAAAACAUCGGUCUUGUUUAUGAAACCGAAGACAAUCUUUCAGAAGCUAUGAUUUGUUAUGAAAAAGCACUUUCCAUUCGACAGAAAUCACCUUUCCAGUUACAUACGGAUGUGAUCGAAGCCAAACGCGAUGUGAAACGUAUCUCAUUGAAAUUGAAGAAAGAUAAUAACUUACAACGCACAUUAUCGUCACAAACUGAAAAGAACUGA